UAAAUACCAUUGACAACCACACCAUCUCCUUCCUCAUAAAGCUUUCACUCUAAAUUCCUCCAUUACUAAAAUACAUUUUCUGGUUUUGAGGUAUCGAACACAAUGAUCCGACAGAGUCCCUUCCUUGGUCGCUUUGCUCAGAUCUCAUUGUCAAAGGUCAGAGGAAGAUGCUUAACGACACAUGUUGCUUCAACACUUCAAGAAACUAAACAUAUGAUCAGAGACGAGGAAUAUGCUGACAUUGAUUGGAACAACUUGGGUUAUGGAAUCAUUAAAACCGAUUACAUCUACAAGGCUAAAUGCACACCAAACAACACUUUUGAGCAAGGUCAAGUAAGCGAUUAUGAGAACAUUGAGUUAAGCCCGGCUGCUGGAGUUUUAAACUACGGUCAGGGGAUUUUUGAAGGUACAAAAGCUUUUAGGGGAGAAAACGGUAGGAUUCUGUUGUUUCGACCGGAUCAAAAUGCAAUCCGUAUGCAAAUUGGAGCCGAGAGAAUGUGCAUGCAAUCUCCAUCCUUUAAACAAUUUGUAGAUGCGGUGAAACAAACUGCUAUAGCAAACAAACGUUGGAUUCCACCCCCUGGAAAAGGAUCAUUGUACAUUAGGCCUUUGCUCAUUGGAAGUGGGCCCACAUUGGGUGUGUCUCCCGCUCCCGAGUAUACAUUCUUAGUAUACGCCUCACCCGUAGGCAAUUAUUUCAAGGAGGGUACAAAACCGUUGAACUUAUACGUUAAUACCGAAUCUCAUCGUGCAACUAGUGGCGGGACAGGAGGCGUAAAAAGCAUAACCAAUUAUGCCCCGGUACUAAAAGCUAUAUCAAGAGCCAAGGAACAAGGGUUCUCCGAUGUGGUGUACCUUGAUUCGGUUCACAAAAAGUACAUCGAGGAAGCUAGUUGUUCCAAUAUUUUCCUUGUUAAGGGGAACGUCAUUUCAACUCCUGCAACAAUAGGUACAAUCCUUGAAGGAAUCACAAGAAAAAGCAUAAUUGAUAUCGCACGUGACUUAGGAUACAAGGUCGAGGAACGUCUGGUUGCAGUAGACGAAUUGAUGGAAGCUGACGAAAUAUUCACUACUGGAACAGCCGUUAGUGUUGCUACCGUUGGUAGCGUAACAUACAAUGAUCGAAGAGUGGAGUAUAAAACGGGUGAUGAGUUGGUGAGCCAGAAGUUGUACAAAACGCUAGUAGGGAUUCAAGUUGGGAAGACUGAAGACAAGUUUAACUGGGUUGUUGAGAUAAAGUAAAGAUCUUAAUAUCGUUUAUCUUUGUAAUGGAAGGUCAUGUUUGAUUUGAAAAAUAAAGACAAAGCACGUGAGUUUGAAAGAAUGAAUGAAUGUAUGUCUCUUUAAAAUUUUA